UGGUGUACAAUUGUCGAUCACGUUGUGUCCACUACGGAGGAAUUUUGAGUGCUUUAACGUUGCGUACAAAAGUCGAGGUGUGGCCGAGAUCGGGUUUUCCUGCAGAAAUAUUGUAAAAUUUCAAGAAAUUAAGGGGAAAAAAUGUCGACAGAGUCAAAGGUUAAGGUCAAAAAGGACGUGGUCCUGGAGUGGAUGCACCUCGUCGCGUUGAGCAUUAACGACGAGUUGGACGGUGUGUUGAGAUCCUUGCGAGGAUGCAACGUCAUCACGGAGGAGGAAGAAGGACAAGUGACCGGAAAAGAGACAGGUUUCGAGAAGAAAAAUUACUUGGUCAGCAUGAUCCGUGGCAAAGGAGAAGGAUCUUGCACCAUGUUCGUCGCCGCGCUUCGCUCCUCGGGAAAUGACGCGGCCGCGGAACUAUUUCUUGCCCCACCCGCGCCACAGGUGGACGAACCGGAAAUAGACGAAGUCCAAAACCACACCCAACUGAACCAGGAAGGGCUCGAUUUUGCUUCCGAAAUGGAGAAAGAAAUGGACCUAAUCCAAUCCGGGUUGGAUGACCAAGUCGAACCGGAAGUGACACCGGAAGUGGGUGCUGUUAUGGAACAAGUCAAACCGGAAGUGGAACCUGUUAAAGAAGAAGUCAAACCGGAAGUGACCCCAACUCCCGCCCCAAGAUCCGUAAAAGUCGACCCGAAACCAUCCGACGAAAAGGAAUUUAUCCUGCGUGAAGAUAAAAAAGAAGAGCCAAAAUUACCGAGCGAGGUUACCCCCUCAAUUGUUGCGAUGAACAGGGGCAUGUUCGAAAAAGGAGGCGCUGGAAAGAAAAACGUUUCCUUUGCGGUAAAAAAGAGCGCUGUUCCGGAGAAGGUGGAAAUUAAGGAGGAAGAAAGGAGUGAAUCACCGGUUAAAAAUUUGAAAGACUUUUUCCAAAAGAUGAGCUCGGUCGAUAAAGGUGAAGCAGUUCCUCGAAGAAAUGGAACCGCUAGGGGUGCGGCUAGGCCAAGAACGAUGAUUUAAAGAGUACAUACAGCCAUGUUUAUUUUCUCGAAAUUUUUAGUAAUUACAUAUAGAACAAAUUUGACCAAAAUUUUGCACAAGUUAAAUAAAUCGAAAAUUUGAAGUA